AUGUUUUUUUUUUUUACAGCAAUAUUUCUUAUUGCAUUACCAUAUACAGUUACACAAUGGCAAUGUAUCUUUUGCUAUUAUCCAUAUCAACCACAACCAUAUCCAUAUGUAUAUCCAGAUUUCUAUCCAUUUUAUCCACCAAUUAUUACACCUGCUACACCAGUUCCAUCCUAUUCAUCUAUUGGUCCAUGUGUAAACGGUCAGUGUCCAACCGGACACGGAUGUUAUAAUUCACAAUGUGUACCUGUGUCCAAUAAUUUAUACAAUUCUCAAGUUAUUGUAUUUUUUCUUUUUAUUGUAAUAAUAGCAUUGUUAUAA